UGAGAAGCACGGGGCGGAACAAUAGGCCAGACUGAAGCGGCCGAACCUUGGAACUCUUGUUUAUGCCUACCACUACAGAAGCUCAAGUCAACUUCGAUUGAUUGCUUGAUUUGAUAUCUUCUACUUGUUUCUCACGAAUUUAUGAAAUACCCAGAUGGUCUAGUUUGAAAGCAAAACUCCCUCUUGAACACAUAAUUGCUCCGUUCCUAUCCAAUUGUCUCUAGCUUACUGUCUUAUACACUCAAACCUCGCGCCGUCCAUCAUCAUGGAUUACUCUGCCUCGAUCAACGAUGCCGAUAAUCCUGCUGGAGCUUCUCCAUGGGGAUCUUCUCCUACUAGCUCACCGCAAGCUCCAAGAACCAGCACAUUUCCUUCGAGAGAUAUCGUAUCGCCGACUCCAUACAACCCAGAUCAAAGCGGCGGUGCAAGCUAUCCACAGGAGGAUGUGAUCGGAGCAGGAGGUUUUAACCGGCCAGACAGCAGUGCUGGCGUCUCUGAUGUUGAAAGUCGCAGGCCUGAUACUGCUGGAUCAACUCAAAGUGACGCCGAGACACAACAAGGCGUGGGGCAACAGUAUCAACAGCAAACGGCUCAGCAACAGCAGUAUCCAGCGGGUCAACAUAGAUCCGAACCUCAUAGAUAUCACCAUUCUGCUGCGCGACAAGGACAUCAUGCAUCCGCACCAAAUUACAAGUUGCAAGCAAAGAUCACUGGACUGGAGCGCACCGGGAGGAAAGAUCCUAUCUUGCGAUUCGAUGUACACGUAAGUCAUCAACCAAGAAAACAUGCAGUUGUGGUAUUGGGCUAACCGCAUUGUUUAGACCAAUCUUCCGAAAUUUAGAACGACACAAUUUCGUGAUGUUCGACGAACGCAUUCUGAAUUCAUCAAAUUAGCAGAUCAUUUAAUAUCGUCGAAUCCGGAAGCUAUAGUUCCCGCAGUUCCUCCCGCCUUGACAUCUGCCGGUGCUGGUACUGAUGAGGACGAAGCGCGGGUUAAAGCUUCUCUCCAGAGAUGGCUCAAUUAUGUUUGUUCUAAUGAGGUAUUAAUGAGGGAUGACGAGAUGGUUUUGUUUGUUGAGAGUGAUUUUGGAUACAGCCCAAUGUUGAAGAGAAAGCAGCCCGCUACUGGCGUUCGUCGAAGGGUCAUCAAACAAUUUGCUCCUCCACCGGACGAUACACCAGAAUUACAAGACGCCAGGCCAGUAGUGAAGCUCUUCUACCUCGGUACAAUGGAUGCGGGCCACAAGGUAGACAAGCUGGUCAAAGCAAGACGAGGUACAAGUUGUCACAUGAUUGUAUAGUAUCCAGCUUCUAAUUUGUAUAUAGGUCUUGGUCUAGCGGAGUCCGAUUUCGGUGUCAAAUUGGGUGCAAUGAAUAUCCAAGAGCCUCACCAAGGCCUAGCUAAUGCAUACCGGAAGCUUGGAAAGACAAUUCAAAGUACGGGCGAUUUCCAUGCAGCACAAGGCACUGCUGAAGCUACAACAUUUGGUGAUCCACUUCAGUAUCACUCUCAAGAUGCAUUCAUCGUCAAGGAGACUCUUACGAAUCGGCAUAUUCUUCUGCGUGAAUUAUUACAGGCUCAGCAAUUGACUCGAAGCAAACUUAAUGCCGCAGACCGCUUAAAGGCCAGCUCAUCUGUCAGAAGGGAAAAAGUUGAUGAGGCCAUAUCAGCUCUCGAUGAGGCACGCAGCAAUGAAGCUUAUCUUCACAAUAAAACCCAACGCGUUACAGCAAAUUUAUUGCUUGAAAAACGAAGAUGGUUCGCUCGAACUGCUACUGAUUUAAGACUAAGCAUUCGAGAAUAUGUGAUUCGUGAGAUUGAGGCGGAGCGACGGACAUUGGCGACCUUAGAAAGCAUUAGACCAGACAUACGAGCGAUCGAUGCCUCUGGUGGACUUAGCCGGUUGGGUAGAGAAGCACACCCAGCAGCAAGGAGAGCCAGUCUUGCAGCUAGUCAAGGACCAAAAGGUGAUUCGUGGUCUGGUGUUCCAAGACGCCCCGAUGGACUUAACCGGAGUAUCUCAGGCAGUUUCAUGUCCACUCCCGAAGGCGCAAAUGGCGAAGAAGAGGGUGUGGGUCGUGACAGGUCGCUCAGUGGCAGCACUGGUGGAUUGCCGGGUUUAAAAGAGGAAGAUGACGAGGACAGAGUUGAUGCGAGGAAUGCAGCCUCGAGGUUGGCUAAUGUUCUAUGAAAAGGCCUAUUGCAGAAAAUUUUCCGGGCAAGGACUUUUCCGGUAUAUGAUCCGAGAAAAGGGCACUUGUCAGACGCUUUGUACAACCCAAAAUCUGUAUCGUUCAUGCAAAGCAGCACAGUGUGUAUGCAAUACAAUAAUCCUUGUGCGACUUUAUCCGUUCAGCUACUGGCACCUUUUAACAGUACUUGAGAAUAUUUAAUGAAUUCGUUUUGGUGCCUCUAAAGUGGACAGGUAGGUCUGCUCACCG